AUGGCGAUGGCGAUGGGGGACGUACCCGCGGCGGCUCCGCGCACUCCCCGCAGCCAAGUGCGCACCGGCGGCUCCGAGAGCCGCAAACUGGAAAUGCGGGUUGAACCACUGGUCGCUGACGCCGCGGAGCGCGUCCGGGAAACGCCCAGAGCCGCCGGAGUACAAAACCCGGACCGCGGGCGGGGACCUCACCCACAGGGCGCGGGGCCGCGUCCGACCGACCGACCGACAGCGCCGCCGCGGACCGGAGCCUUCGCCGGAGAGGAUCCCGCGCGCCGCACCCGCACCGCACCCGCAGCCGCAGCCGCACCCGCACGUAGUGGGGGUGCCUUACUGUUGGACAGUUCCCUGCCGGCAGCGGAGAGGCGGGCCGGAUUCCCGGUGAAGGAGGAAGGGGAAGAAGCGGCCACAAUGCUGCCCAUCAUGACCAACAACCAACUGAAAGCGAGGACUUCCCGAUACUGGAGCAGUCACACCGGUGUACAGUUACACCAGUCUCCCCAAGUCUCGGUUGGUCCCAGUGCUUUGAUGGCUCAGGUCGGCACAGAGUACCAGACCACACAGAGUGCCCCAAACAUCAGACAGACAGAAGAAGGCAAGGUGGAUUUACCAUCCCUCGAUACCUCAGAAUUAAAGUCCAAAGCUUACAAAAUCUCAAUCAAAAAUGAAGGGCGUGUUCAGAAUGGAGACUGUAAGAGUCCAGAGGAUAAAAGGAAAGAUGAGAUGAAGAGCCCUGGAACAAGUAUUGGAAACGAUAGUACUGUAUACUCGCCCGUUGUGGUAGGCCACACCCAAGAUAAUCUGUCUCAACAUUAUGCUCAGGAUGAGACAAGGUUGCUAAGAAAUCUGAAUCCAAUGGCAAAUGCUGUCAAUCAACAGAGCUUAUUACAGGAAAAUCGUAAUUUUUCUUCCAUUCACUCUCCGUAUGCCUCUGAGGCAAAGUCUCCAACACAAAAUAUCAAUGCCCAAAUUACUCGGAGCCCUUCCUUCACUUAUGGAAGUAUUCCGGGUCACAACCUGAAACCCGACCAGCAACUGGGGGCAAGUGCUGAGCAUUCCCUCCGGGUAAUUGGAAGUAAUGCUGAGACUAAUGCAUUGUCAGGUGAAAUCUUCACCCAAGAUCUUCAGAAAACAAGACCUGGGUGUUUGUCCGAGAGCCCUGAAAAGUCUUCGGAAAUACAAGAGUUCACAGAUGCCAUUCGCAGCUUGGACUCCCCUGUGAGACGUAACAAAGUUUCUAAACCUCAGAGGUCGACCUCUCUGUCUUUUUCCACAUUGGCUCCGAUAGAAGAAGAUCUGGCUUCCUCAAAGGAAUCUGAAGUUCUUUUUGCUGCAGAGAAUGAGGCUCCCAGGGAGAAAAUCUCAGCUGAGCAACCUCAGCCAGUCUCGCUGACCCCAACCCUUUCCCCUCUGAUCUCGAUGGAUUUCCUAAAGACAUCGACGAAGAAAGAGAUUCUGACCCCUGGGCAGAUGAUGAAGAGGCAGCUGGAGGAGAAGCCCAAGGUCGGCCUGCAGCGAGCAUCGGCAGAGAACAGCAUUGUUUUCCAAUCCAACCUCUUCACUCGCACGAAGGUGGAGCCCGUGGAGAAGGCAGAAAAUAAGGAAACCAUCAACGGGAAAAGCCGAUGGUCCUGGAUGGACAGUAGCACGGCCCUGUCUGACCACAGGAAGCCUGGGGACACCUUCUCCAGCCACUCCCUGGAGCUGGUCAGAAAAUCACGCCUGGCAAGUGGCUCACCGAUUGAGUCACCAGCCAAACCAAAGCUAGCCAACAGAAGCCAAUCGCAAGAGGACAUCAGUAAAGUAAUGGCCUUCUCGGAUCAGCUCCCAACGACUCCUGCAUUGUCCAGCUCCUUCAAUGGGCGUUUUAUGGAGAGUCCAGGCUUGAAUUUGCCAUUCACUGCCCCCGACUGGCUGAGGACAGACAGCAUGACCAUCCCCAGAACCGAUCUGAACCUUCAACCCGACAUUCCAUUCUUAACCACUAAUCUGGAGCACCAGGUACCCCCUACUAAACAACCCCCUAAGGUGAAUCCUUUUCCAACUGCACAGAAAUCCAAGCUGCAUGAACAGGGAAAAAUCAAUCCCAGACCGGGCAAGAUUAUUAUUUACGAGAAUGCCAACUUCACUGGGUACAAGAAAGAAAUCACGGCGGACGUGAGUGACUCCAGCGGGUGGACAUUUCCACCUGUCAUCUCGAUCAAGGUGGUGCGAGGGUGCUGGGUGGCCUAUGAGAAGGCGGAUUAUAAGGGGAAGAAGUUUGCGUUUGAAGAAGGAGAAGUGGAGCUGACAGACCCCUGGGCAGAGCCUACGAAAGGUGAUGAAGAGCCCACAGCAGACGCGGUUCCCACCAAACCCGUCACCAUUGGCUCCCUCAAGAGAGCUAUCAAGCAAUACAGCGCUCCGGAGAUCAGCCUGUUCGCUGAGCCCAAUGGAGAGGGCAGGAAGCUGAUGUUCUGUGAAGAGUCUGAGGAUAUUCGGAUUUUUGGGUACCAGCCAAAAACAGCUUCCAUUAUUGUCAACUCAGGCCUGUGGCUGGUGUAUUGUGAACCUUUCUUUGAGGGACAGGCAUGUGUCCUGGAGCUUGGCGGCUUCCGGAAUCUCCAGGAAUGGGGCGGAGAGACCGACCACGUGGGAUCACUGCUGCCUCUACAAAUGGGCGGGCCCUGUGUGGAGAAGCUGUACGAACCCAAGGUUAUUCUUUACGAGAAAUCGUAUUUUUCGGGGCGACGCCGGGAGUCGUACAGUGACUCCACCGACUUCCUGUCCCGGUACCCCAACAACAACCAGCCCAUUAUGAACGCCGGCUCUAUCAAGGUGAUCGGAGGAAUUUGGGUCGGCUAUUCGAAGGAAGGUUUCCGUGGGGAGCAGUACAUACUGGAGGAGGGCGAAUACCAGGACUGGCAGGCUUGGGGCGGCUUUAACGAGGAGCUCAAAUCACUACGGCUCAUUCGUGGAGACUUUGCCAAUCCCGCGCUGGUCUUGUACAAUGAGGUCAACUGUGAGGAAGGGGAGUGUGUCAAUGUAAUGGGUUCCGUCCCAGACCUGAAAGAUAUCGGCUUCGAAGCAAUAACGCAGUCCAUCAAUGUGCAGAACGGCGUGUGGGUGGCGUAUGAAGGUGUGUACUACUCCGGUCCUCAGUACAUUCUGGAGAAAGGAAUUUAUCGUCAUCCUGAGGAUUGGGGCGCCAAAUCCUGCAAAAUCAGCUCUCUGCACCCCAUACUGCUGGCUGACACAGAAGUCACACAGGCGCAGCUCAAGAUCCAGCUGUUCUCUGAAUACGAUUUCAAUGGUUACAAUCUGCUCUUCGACAAGGACAAGCCCAUGAUUGCCCGAGACUUUAAGAUGAACUCGUGUCGAGUGCUUAACGGCAGUUGGGCGCUGUAUGAGAACCAAGACUUCACUGGAAACAUGUUUGUGGUAGAAGAGGGCGAGUACCCAGACCUGCCAUCCAUGGGUUGCCGUAUGACAACACACAUCAGAUCCGCCAAGACCAUCCCUUACGUUUUCUCUGAGCCCCAGAUCCUCUUGUACAGCCUGGAGGCCUUUGAGGGGAAGGAGAUUGAGCUGACCUCAGAGGUGAAGAGUCUGGCCGGCGCUGGCUACAAUAACCUGGUGUUGUCAUUGCGGGUCACAGGCGGAGUGUGGGUGGCCUUCGAGCACAGCCAUUUCCGUGGCCGUCAGAUGCUGCUGGAGCCUCACGAGGUCUCGAACUGGCCCAAAUACAGCAAAUUCCCCCGCAUCGGUUCCCUGGCCCCUAUCGUGCAGAAACGGGCCUACUUCAAAAUCCGUAAUCAGGAGACAGACGAGUUUCUCUCCAUCAACGCUAAUGACGAGGACAUGAAGUCGUGCCGUGUGGUGGUGGCCAAGGAGAAUAAGGAGCUUCACCAAAUCUGGUUCUACGAUCAGGGAAUGAUCAAACCCAAGAUGGCGCCUGACAUGAGCCUGCAGACCAUCGGCUCGGUGGACACGACCGGCACCAAGGUGGUGAUCUGGUCAGACACACGGCUGCCAAAGCACUGUUGGAAUUUCGGGUUCAAUGGACCAGUCAGUUGCAUCCUGCACCCUCAGUUGGUGCUCGACAUCAAAGGUGGAAAGAGUUAUGACCGGGACAGCGCCAUCAUCUGCAGCAGCAGCGAGACAAAGCCAACGCAGGUCUGGAACAUUCAGCUCCUGUAAUAUCAUCAACCACCACCACCAACAGAUUGCUUUCAUAUAGCACCAAGGCGCUGGACAAUGAGGGGCUUGCACAUGAGCUCGAGAGGGGUUGAGGGCCGGAGUGUGUGGGUAGGAGGCUGACCAAACGCACGCUCAAAAAGGUAUCGAGACAGCCCGGUCCAGCCUGUGAGCGAUAGGCUCAGGGGUGGGGCUCACAAACUGUUAGGUUGUCUACUGAGUGAAGCUUCUCCCGAGUGUUAGGUGGGGGCAGGGAGCUGGGGUGGGGGGGAAAUCUGUAAAUAUUAAAUUGUUUUGAGAUUUCUGCUUUAAAAAUAAAGAUGCUUUUAAAGAAAUAAUCCGAA